GAGGAGGAUUUCCUCGGCAGCAUCUGCGGCGACGGGGCACCCGUCGCAGACGGCGUGAGCGACGAGGAUUUCCUCGGCGGCAGCUCCGACGAGCUGCAGGUCGCCGCGGCUGCGAGGGCGGCGGGCGCAACAGGCGGUCAUCCUGUCCUCGGCCUCGGCCCGUUGGUGCUGAGCGCUGCGGACGCCUACACGCCUCCAGCUGUGGCGAAACGCGGCCGCAGAAUCCUGCCAGCCGCCGCUCGAGCUGCCGUGCACGCCCUCGAGCCGACCCCCGAGGUGGCGUUUGAGUCGGCCGUGCCUCGCACCGCCGCGUUCUUGCUGGACGCCGAUGCGGCCCGACCGUCGGCGUUGUCAUCAGCAAAGAAGCUUUGCCAGAUUUGCGGCCUGGCCAAGAGCACUUGGCGCGACACAGCCGGUGCCAUCGCUCACUGCACGUACCAGGUGUUGCGGAAGUCGGUGGAUCGUUUCGCGCAGUCUGUGCUGGGGAUCUGCAGGGGUGGCGGCCAAGGCGGAUCUCGGCUCCAGCCUCUCGUGCAUUUUCGGUUUCGUUGCUACGACGGGACCAAGCAGCGCGUGAGAGUGCAUUCCACCGUGACCACGCAGGGCGGAGUCCGAGCCGCAGCCGUUGCUUCAGUUGCUGGCGAAUUCGAGGUCUACACUUCGUUUGCGAGUCGGGCCUUUUGCAUGAUGAAAGGCCAGCCUUCGGCCCGAGAGCUGCUAACGCUGCAGGUCCGAGAGCCGACGGUGCUGCGCACGACGGACGGGGCGGCGGCGGAGUCUGUCCAUGCGGCGCUGGCCCACAUCAGGUCAGAUGCCGAUGGCGAGCUGGACGUGAAGCCAACUGACACGAUGAUUGUUCGCAUGCAGCUCGCGAUGCAAGGGCAGGUGUUCCGCCUCAUGCAGGCGAUGAGGACCAUCAUUGCCGAGCGGCUCGUCAUCAUCGAUGGUGGUGAGUUGGAUGAUGAGGCCGCCGAGUUCAGCCGACAUGCGUACGAUGCGCGGCUCCCCGUCCGUUCCUUUGGGGACAAGUUUCGGCGGAGAUUGCUGCAGGGGUUGUGGAACGGGGACUUGCGGCGGUCAGACCGCAUAGAGCAUAUAUGUCGCGGGUGCUGCAAAUCCAGGGCGCAGACGUUGUACGUGAUGCAGACUGCUGGCCUCAAGGCGUUGGUCACGAACGUUUGGCGCGUGAUGGAUCGGCAGAACUGGACAGGUGCUCACCUUUGCCUCGGUGGGCUCGGCCUUGCAUCGUUCGUCCACAACCUCUUGCCGUCUGCGUUCCUUGUUGUGUUCGGUGCCCAGUGCACGCAGGUCGACGGGCCAGAUGGCGCUGGCGACGGCCUGGAUGGCGACCUCGGCGCGGAGGGGCUCGAGCGCGACGUCGAGAAGACCAUCCCUGUCAGCGUCUGGGGGGAGGGCAACGUUGCCGAGAUCUCCCGCGCCAUCGAUUGGAUCGUGAGCGGAUCGUUUCACGACUCCCUGUACCUCUUCGCUCGUUCCCACGAGCCAUGCAGCGAUGUGGUUUUGAGGGAACUCGAGCGCACUGGGGCCCAGUGGGAGCUGAAACAGCGUCAGCGCGUUCUCGAGACAGGGGAGCGCACCCGCCCCUUGUGGGGGGCAGCUGACCGCACGGACGUCAGGCGCUUCAGGGAGCAGGUCUGCGACAUGGUUGUCAAUGGCGGCUGGCCGUUGCUGCGAAGCCCCACCGAGCUGCAGCAGUUGCAGGUCUUCACGCUGUGCUCCCGCUUGUCUGCGGCCGCGUGCCAGCUGGUCGAAGUCAGGCGCAGGGCGACGCCAUGCGCUACAUACAGCGCCCUUCGAGAUUUGGAGGCCCUCCGCAGUUUGGCGGCUCGGCCCAAGUACACCCUUGACACGUGCGCCGAGGGCGUCGUCAACUACUACACCGAUCGAGGUGGCGUCGACGGUGCCAUGGCGAAGGCCGAGCUGUCUGGCGCGCUGCAGCUGAUGAUGGCCAGCUCUGCCGUUGCGGAGCGUGCUCACAGCCAGACCUUGCGUCGCAUCACGUUUCGGUCGGCCACGUGGAAGAUGGGCGCUAUGUCAUUGUCUGGGUCCUUCUUGUUCGGCCAGCUGCGGCAGUGGCAGCGAAGCGUAUUCCGAGCGUGGGGUGACCACGCGGAUGCCAAGACUAAGAGGCAGUGGCAGAAGCAGGAGCUUCCAUCGCAGCAGCCACGUCGCAACUUCAAUGCUUGGGUUUGGCGUGCUUUCGCCCGCCUGGGGUCUGGAGGCGCGUUCGUUGACCAGGCUCUCGGGGGUGAGCUUUCAGCCCGAUGCCCCAUGCUCACGCCCGAGCAGCGCGCGCCCUACGAGGAUUUGGCCGCAGUUGCCGUCCAGGAGCACGUGGCUGGUCGGCGGGCGUUCGGGCCCAGCGCGAGGCCAUCCCGUGCGAGACCUUUGGGUAGGUCAGGUUGUGCGCAGCCGAGUGGUAUUGCAAUCGAGGGCGGCGCCGACGACGUGAUGUCAGCCGCGGAGGCGGCCGCCUUCGCCUCCGUCAGCAUCAUCCUGAAGGGCGCCCUCGUGGAAAUGAAGCUGCACAGUGCCGCGAUGAAGCGAGAGGGCGAGGAGAUGAGGGCGACAGCAGCUCGCCUCCAUCGGCAAUCUGAGCCUGACAAGUCUGGACUUGGCCAGGAAUGGCACCUUGUUGCUGGGGAGGUGCCCACCUCCGUCGCUGCGGGCAUGACGGUCCAGCAGUCGAUUGUUCCGACCUUGCAGUACACGAGGACGCCGACUUCAAUCUUGUCUGAGGUUCUUCGAGCUUUGGAUAUCAGUAGAGUCAAGCGGGAAGCAGAUGAGUGGAGGCGCAUGCACCCCCGCACCGUUGAGGCCGAGUGCCCCAAGCUGCACGCGCCCGCCAGGCCGCGUCGGUGGUGUUGGGAAGCAGGUUAUUGCGUAUGUGCAGGUGCUUCUGCCAUCGCGAAGAAGUUCCACGACCAGUUGUCGGUCAUGUGGCGCGUCCUGGCACACCGCCUUGGCGAGAAGGUCUUCAACGCGAAGUUGGAGAGCGGCGUCCUGGCGCUGAGGUUCACUUGCUUUGGCGUCUCGGCCCUGGGCCCAGCGCCGCCUCCUGGCGCAGAUGGCGAGUCUGCAAUUGUCCCUGCAGGCCAUGCGCCAGCCGCUGAGGGCUUGCACAACGUCGCCCUCCAUCAUGGGCGGCCGUGGAGGCCAACCUUCGCCCGCAUGCGCUGUGAGCCGCUGGGGAAUCGCCCUGGCGUGGCGGGAGUUGCUCCACAGGUGGUCGGCGAAGGUGACGGCGGCGCUGCUGUGCUCGGCGACCUGACGGUGUUCGAAGGCGCCCGCCAGCGCUUCAAUGCUGCGUGGGACAAGCAGUCGAUCACCGUUCGCGUGCAUGAGCUGGUUGCAGACGCCCGCAGGGUUGCAGCCUGUCGGCCGAGCCGACAGCGGAUCUUGUCGACGCCGAUGCUGGAGGAGGAGCUCUGGGAUUCGAAGCCACCACCCCCGAAGCCAAGGAAAAGGAAGGCCCACCCGAUGAACAGGCCGGAGCGCGGGCCGCGCCCGAUGGGGGCGGCGCCGCCUGCUUUCGCGGAGGCGUUGGAGGACGUCAGUGACGGGGGCGAGACUGGAGGUGACAAGGGCGAGGUCGAGUUCCGACCCCAGGAGGACGAGUCGCACGGCGACGGCGAGGAUGAGCCUUUCGACGAGGAGGGUUGGGCAUUGUUCGGGUGGAGCGACGACGACUUCGACGGCGUGGGCCCGAUUUGGCUCGAUGGCAGCUGCGGCGGAGGAGAUGAUGAGGUUCUGCCUGUCCCUGUCGAUGCCGACGCCUCGCUGUUCGCUGGCGCCGCCGCGCAGCUGCCUGGGCCCGCGGGGCCCGAGGUUGACGCGCCUCUGCCGCCGCCGCCGCCGCAUCCCGCCCGCCGCGCGGGAGGCGAUCGCAUGGCGGCGGAGCGCGUGUUCCACGUGCCAGGCGGCAAGAUCAAGUACUAUGCCCACGGCAGCCCGCGCUUCGCUGCUGAGUGCGCGGCCCACGCUGCGCGCAUCACCAGCCGCGCUGCUCGGGGGAGCCCUUUUGCUGCAAGGGCUGGGCAGGGGAGACCGCUCGCGUUCCUGCCGGCGUGGCAUAGCGACCGCCCCGACCACGUGAACACGCAGCACGCCCACGUGCACGGCUGGGAGCCCUCGCAGGCCAGCAGGCAGGCUGCUCGCGAUCGGCUGCUGUUCGCCGCGGGCGACCCAGUCGUCGCGGCGAUGCUCGGGCUCGAGCGGCCUCGCAGGGCUUGCGAGCCCGAGGGGCCCGGAACGAUGCACGUGACCAUGUGGCAGCACGCCAAGGACAGGACUUCCGUGGAGCUUCCGAACGGCUUCUGGCACGCCUCAGCGAAGCGCCAGUCGCAGAGCAGCGUUAGGCGGCGGCAGCGACGACCGCCGCGCCGCUGCAGAGACAACGAGACACGUGAUAAAGCGGCAGUGCGCCAAGGCCGCGAGAAGGCCCUGGAGGGCGCCGGGGCCGCGAGGAAGGAGAAGUUCUAUAAGUCGCAGAGCCACAAGUCCGUGAGCCCCCUGGUCCUGGGCCGCAGAGUAUCGCAUUCUGCGGGCACGGAUGCGUGCACCGUCGUGGCUUGCAUGUCAGCGAUCAAGGCGAGCACCCUCGCCGAGCUGGACGAGAACGGCUCCGCCGCCCUUCCAGGCAUCGGGCUCUUCGAGAAGAAGGUGCAGCACGCGACAUUAGGGGGGGUGCGCAACGUCUUUGGUAACUGGGUGGUCGUGUCGCCGAAACCUUUGGACAUACAUAUUCGGUUCAAGCCAUUCAGCGAGUUGGAGGACGUGCUGAAGGACGGCGGCGACAUCGACCCGAACACCACCUUGAGGGACGUGGUGGACGACGCAUCGAUCCCGCCGACGGCGUUCCACCCCGAGGAUAUGGCUGCCGCCGGCCUCCCCAACGGAGAGUUGCCCGAGCACCCGGCCAGCGCCGCAUGCAUAGGCCCGCUGCUGAUCAGGGAGAAGAGCGCCACGCCCCAUGGGAAGCCGAAGGUCGGGAAGCGCGGCUACUGCGACGCAGUGGAGAGCGAUGCCCGCCGAUUUCCAGAUGUGAAGAUGCCUGGGGGGCCGAUUGCGAAGUUCUUCCACGGGCGCAGCUACCGCUUCAAGGGGUACGUGCGUGGUCAGUGGCACUCCGACUUCACCUGGGCGGCGUUGCGCGCGAAGACAGCGCAAGAUCAUGAUGUCAGCGCUGCUUUCGAGACGAGCUGCGAGAUCGCAUCUGGCCGUGCCUCGGCGGCCUCCAGCCCCCACGACGUGGCCCUCAAGACGGACACGGGGUUCACGGUGUUCUCGGACUGCAUGAUUAUCAACGAACAGCAGUGCAAGAGGGAUUUUCUCCCCAAGGGCGCGAGUGCGCUGACUCCUACUGACGCAGGCGAGCGGAUCACCAGCAUCAAGAACGAGCACCAUGCUGCGGAAGUGAGCGGCGUUUUGGUGAUCGACCCCGACCAGCCGUACACUAAGGUGCGCAAGUGGUCUAGCACGUACGGGUCUCUUUCGGAAUGGUCUCUCCAAGCCAGCAUCUACUGCCGCGAUGGGCAGGGGGCGAGCGCCUCGGGUGCGAUAGAGAAGCUCAUGAGGCAGAUGUUGCCGACGACCUUGCGCGGGCACGUGGGCGCCCCCACUGUGGCGGAGGUGCAGCAACGAGCAGUCGGGGCCGCGAAGGCCAAUGGCUUCGUGGCCGAGCAGCCCCUAGACGUGACGCCGCACAAGCCUGACAAGGCGCGUGCGGGGAGUGUGGCCGAGCGGCUGAAGGCUUUAUGCGACGGCUCGCCCGGGGGCGGGGGCCUCGAUGGCGCUGUCAGUGCGACGCCGCCUGGCGCCAGCAGCGGCAGGAUCGCUGCACUUCUGGACAGCAGCACGCCACCGCCAGAGGGCUCUGACAUGGCCAGCGACGUGGGUGGCGCAGAGACGGUGCGCAGCAGCGGUACAGCAGCGGGUGCGGGCAUUAGGCGCGGGAGGAGUUCGGCCAAAUUGGACGCGCCGCUCGAUGACCCCGACAAGGAACGCCUCAAAGAGCUGGAGAUGUCGAUUUCACUCGCCACGCUGCUGGACAAGGGUCAAGGUCACAAGUUUGGGGACAAUAUCUAUGCCUUGAAUCGGUUCAAGCCGCGCAGCGGGGGAACGGUUGGCAAUGCGCACGGCAAGCUGCUCGACGUCGUCGAGACUUGCGCGCUCGUCGGUGGCAGUGCCGUGGACACAAUGAAGAGGGACGUGAGGGCCAACUUGUUGAAGAAGCUGAAGAAUGCCAAGACCUCCGAUGCCUACAAGUUCAAGCUGGAGCUCGUCGGGGCAGCCGUGCGCGAGGCGACAUCGGUGUCUGAGAAGGUCAACAUUAUCAUUCCAUGGAGUGGGUCAUCUGUGACAGGCGCCCACGGCGAGUUUUCACUAUUCGAGCCCCUUCUCUCCGAAGUGGGGCUCCCCAUCAGAAAGAGGGCCCAGGUCUGCCAGGAGUUCAUUCUCAACCACGUCGUGCUUCCCCUCACCUCUGCGGAGCGUUGCAACUUCGACAAGCUGGGGCAGCUGGCCGAUGCCAUCGCCGAGCACGUCGGAACGAAGGAGCUCCGCGACGAGGUGCCCGAGGAUCUGCAGCCAAUUGCGCAGGCCCUCUACACUUUCGCGGAGAGCAUGAAGGCGCUGCUGGACCCGCCCCCUGGCGCGCUGAAGAGGCGCCCUGCCAGAGGCGACGUCCGCAGAUUCCUCCGCGAGGAAUGGGGAGGCGAGGACUGGAGGAACGUGGUCUUCACCUUAAGCGAUGCCUUGAAGGAGUGCGUGUCCGAGUGCAACAGGGCGUACCGCACGGACGUCAAGCAUGGCGAGACCAUCAGUUUGUACGAGGCGUUGCUGUCUGACACGGCCACCAUUACCCCCGCCAACUUCGAGGCCAUAUUUGGUGGACUUGGCGAGUGGGGCGGGCAGCUCCGCAAGGGCGGGGCGACCAGCCUGGUGGAGCAGAUCGGCAGCUCGUUGGAGCAGCGGAUUCAAGCGCGCAUGGCCACAGGCGCCGAGGCGCCCCAGAUCAGCGAGGACCCUGCCAAGCUGGCGGCCAUGGAGAUCAAGUUCACAGACUUCACUGCCAAGGCUGUCGACUUCAGAGGGAUCGACGCGACUUGCAUCGAGAAGCUGAAAGACGUAGCCGUCAAGCUCCGCACCCUUGCGGGCAGCCUUGCGUCAGCGGCCGAGGAGAAGGGUCUCUUGCGCGCCUGCGCCUCCCUGGACUUCGGGAUGCCGGAGACGAUUGCGAAGGUGCGCGACGCUCGUCAGAAGUGCAUUGGGACGAAGUUCGUCAAGGCAGAUACGGUCAAGAAGCUCAUGGCGCGCAUCGACCAGCGCACCGUGCAAUGCGCCAUCUGGCUCGUCAAGAUCGCUCCCGAACAAGUUGUGGAUUGCCCCUUCGAUGAUAUCACGAAGGUCUCGGGCUUGGGCAUCUCCCUCGUUGUGCACGUCGAGCCCUCCGCGAUUCAGCGCGGGAAGUUGAUGGGCGACAAGAUGCGCCCCAGCGGGCUCUUCCAGUUCGGCAAGGCGCUCAAGGCCCUUAAUGUCUACGAGGCGACCGCCGACGAUUUCGACUUUGGGGGCGGCCCGUCUGCGGCUGAGGCAUGGGUUGAGCUGGAGGCGGCCGUUGGGGUGUUCAGGGAGACGGUCACGCCAGAGGAGGUUGCCGAGCAGCCGACGGAGAAGGCCGACGACGACGAGGCCAAGGCAGACAACGUGGAUCAGGGCGGCGAGUGCAUUCACGUCGGCCCCCGCGUUGGGCUCUUCGCGCUCUUGAGCAGCCAUGUCGACGCCAUGCUGAACAUUUGCUUUGAGAAGUUGGCUGCUUUCUCGGAUGCCUUCUGGGCCUCAUUGAUGAAGCCCGCCAACGAGAAGCUCGCGGAGCUCGGCUCGAUCGCUGGCGGCGACCUCCAGGGCAAUACGAAGCACUGGGCCGGGGACAUGCACGAGAAGCAGACGCUGGACUCCACGCUGGCCCACGCCUCGAAGACGUUGUUCAGGCAGAAGGGCAUGUCGGCGAAGAUCAGCAAGGUCGUGACCAGCAUCAAGGCGGCACUGCACGACUCCAAGGGGACCGCCGAGCUGCACGGGGCAACGGAGGCGCGCGAGGCCAUGCAGAAGGCGCUCGCUUGUGAGCAGCGCCGCUCGUCAUCAAUGCUGUGGGAGGCGAAGGCCCUGCAGAUUCUGAAGAUGGAUGUGACGGACGAGGGCCUCGCCGACAAGCUGAGCGCCGUGCGCGACGCAGUGCGCGACGCCGAGGAGUUCGGCGAGACCGACGUGAGUGAGGUCAUCCUGAAGGCGGUGUCGGACCGCUUGGCGCAG